AUGGCUCUCUCUCCCGCUAAAAUUGCCGUCACAUUUUCCGUGGUUUUCACGUUCUGCUUGUGCUCUUUGGAGGCUUCCGAUGGCGGUUUCAGCGUUGAGCUGAUUCACCGGGACUCACCAAGGUCCCCGCUUUACAACCCGGCGGAGACCCCAACCCAACGAUUGCGAAAGUCUCUGGCCCGCACCAUCGCACGGGCUAAUAGCCUCAGCCAGACAGCCGCUGCCACUGGAUCUGCGCCUUUCUCAACUAUAACCUCCAACGCUGGGUCGUACCUCAUGAACAUCUCGAUUGGGACCCCACCGUUCCAGAUUCUCGGGAUCGCGGACACGGGCAGCGAUCUGAUAUGGACACAGUGCGAGCCUUGUAAUGACUGUUUCGAGCAGGUUGCCCCGCUGUUUGACCCGCAGAAGUCGUCAACUUAUCGAGACGUUUCUUGCACCUCGAGCACUUGCAGCUCGCUUGACGGGACCAAUUGUGGUGGGAACACGUGCCAAUACUCUUACUCAUAUGGGGACCAAUCUUACACAAGAGGUGAUGUUGCCGUGGAAACGGUUACCCUAAGCUCAACCUCGGGUCGACCAGUUGCAUUCCCCCGAACCAUAAUUGGGUGCGGGCAUGAUAAUGGAGGAACUUUUGAUAACAAAACCUCGGGGAUCAUCGGCCUUGGAGGUGGUUCAGUCUCUCUUAUUUCCCAAAUGGGCCAAGCCACAGGCAGCAAGUUUGCAUACUGCUUAGUUCCAUUAACCGCUGAAGCCAAAGGUGAGAAGUCAAGCCAGUUGAGCUUUGGGAGUAGAGCAGAAGUAACUGGCUCCGGGACAGUUUCGACCCCAUUGGUACCAAAAUCCCCUGAAACCUUCUACUUUCUAACUCUCGAGGCGAUCAGUGUCGGGAGGAAUAGAAUCGAGUUUGGAGGUUCAGCAGGUUCAGCCUCCGAGGGCAAUAUUAUCAUCGAUUCAGGCACGACCCUCACGCUUCUGCCUGAUGACUUCUACAGCCAAAUAGAAUCGGCACUUACCAACCAAAUUGAGUUACAGCCAGUGGAUAACCCACCUGUACCUGAUCUGCCGCUUUGCUACCGCACUAAGACCGACAAUAUCAAUGCUCCUGUCCUUACUGCUCACUUCACAGGCGCAGAUGUGAAGCUUGGUCCCUUGAACACUUUUAUUAGGCUUGACGAAAAUAAUCUGUGCUUUGCUUUCGCUCCGAUUCCGACUUCAGUUGGAGCGAAGGCCAUCUACGGAAACAUUGCGCAGGUGAACUUUUUAGUUGGGUAUGACAUCAGGAAGAAAGCUGUAUCAUUCAAGCCUAUUGAUUGUACGAAGUUCUAAUAAGAUCAGAUUAU